AUGGCUUGGAAGCUACGAAAGAACUCUGCUAGCAGGCGGAACAAACUUUUCAAGGUUGCCGAGCAACAAAAACUGUACCUGGAGCGCUUUGGCGUCCCCGAGCCGUUUGUGAAGGGAAUAAUCACUGCCAUGAUGCCCAUCGGCUCGAUGUUUGGCGCGCUCUGGUCCUGGUAUCUGGUCAAGGCGAUGACCGCAAAGUGGGCUUUGGUAUAUGUGUGCUGUAUAUGGAAUUUUGGAUGCAUUCUUCAGGUCGCCUUGCCGCUCAACUCGAUGCUUUAUAUUGCGAGAUUUAUUGCCGGAAUGGGAGCUGGGGUUAUAAGUGCUGUCGUGCCAGUAUAUCUGGCUGAAGUUGCGCCAUGGAAGACUCGGGGACGGAUUAUUGGUAUCUAUCAAUUGGGCAUCGCUUGGGGCGUUUGCGCGCAAUAUCUCAUCCAAUAUGCCGCGGUAAGAUUUUCACAUAGGCACAAGGAUUUUUCUGACCGGCAGGAUUUUGCUCUUCGAUUGUCAUUUGGCAUCCAACUAGUCCCUGGAGUUACGUUUCUUUUAGGCCUCCUUAUCCUUCCUCACAGCCCGCGUUGUUAUGCCAUGCAUGGCCUCUGGGGGUCCGCCGUCGGCCUGAUUGCAGAUAUUCAUGCAAAAGGGGAUAUGAACCAUCCCGAAGUCAUGGCGCAGUACCGAGAAAUGGACGAGGAACUUCGGAUUGAGCGCGAAAGGGGCAGUCCCUCGUUCCGAAUGUUGCUGCGAAAGCCCCUGGCCAAGAGGCUUCUCCUGGGAAUGAGUGUCCAAGCAUGGAGUCAACUGUGUGGCAUAAACAUCAUGAUGUACCACGUUUUAUACGUCUUGGCUGGAGCCGGAGCUGCUUCGCCGUUUGUGAUGGCUUCAGUCCAGUACCUCCUCAGCUAUGUCUGCACUGUACCAGCCAUAUACUUGGUGGACAGGGUAGGCCGAAGACGAGCGAUGCUGGCUGGUUCUUUCGUGAUGAUGACAUGUCUCUUGUUCACCGGAUUUCUCCAGCAGUACAAUGGCCAACCCAGCGUGGGAGAAUCAAUAAGCGGCAAUUUUCAUCUCUCCUGGAUGAUCAACAGAAAUAAACAUGUCACUAGUGCUAUAAUAUCCUUUUCUUGCAUCUUUGUGACUGCGUUUGCUCUGACCUGGGGACCGAUUUCGUGGAUAUACCCAGCAGAGAUAUUUCCGACUCAAAUUCGUGCCAGGGCCGUUGCUUUGUGCACGGCAUCGCGUUGGGGUUGCAAUGUGGCCGUGGCUUUGGCUGUGCCACAUCUGUUCAACGGGCUUGCGCUAAUGCAUAUUUAUUAUGCCGCCUACGAGACCAAAGGAUAUACACUGGAGGAAAUGCACGAAGCCUUUGACUCGAGGCUGCCCCCAUGGAAAUUUCGUCAAGGGGAAAGUAGGGUAGAGGCGCUGGCAUUACGUAUUCGGCAACAACAACGGCAGCAGCAACGAGCCAUAGCAGCAUACUUCUUCUCUAGUUUUAGUGAUGAAGAGCCACCUCCGCUGUGGGGGAACCGACUCGCAGCCAUGGAUUGGGGCUAG